UCCUGUGGUGUUGAGCUUGAGAAGAUGGCGGCUGUUGUAGUGUUUGUUGAUGGAGUCGCCGCGCCGCUGGAUUCGGAUUCAGACUCGCCGCGGUUACCGUCUCCAGCACCGGACCAGCCGCACCAGAACAACGCGCUGCUGGGACUUCCGAUAGUGGCGAUUGACACGAUCCUGAAUUUCCUGUCAUACGAUGAGAUCAGUCUGCUGCGGCUGGUGUGUAAACGUAUGGAUAUGAUUUGUCAGCGAAUGCUCAAUCAAGGCUUCCUGAAAGUGGAGCGCUAUCACAGCCUGUGCCAGAAACAGGUCAAAGCUCAGCUGCCCAGGAGGGAAUCUGAGCGGAGGAACCACUCGCUUGCGCGUCAUGCAGACAUUCUGGCUGCGGUGGAAACACGUCUGUCCCUGCUGAACAUGACGUUCAUGAAAUAUGUGGAUUCAAAUCUGUGCUGCUUUAUUCCUGGAAAGGUGAUUGAUGAAAUUUAUCGUGUUUUGCGGUAUGUCAACUCCACACGUGCUCCACAGAGAGCUCAUGAGGUGCUUCAGGAGCUGCGAGAUAUCUCUUCGAUGGCCAUGGAGUACUUCGAUGAAAAGAUUGUUCCUAUCCUGAAGAAAAGGCUUCCAGGCGCAGAUCUCUCGGGCCGUCUGAUAGGAUCUGCUCCGGUGGCUGGUCCCUCUACUUCUCUGUCCACCAUGUCACUAUUGGCCAAAAACACUCCAUCACGCUCCGAGAUGACAAAGGUCCAGCAGCAGGUGAAGGUGAAUGGUGCGUCCAUGACGGCGUUGCGGCGGGAGAUGCAAGAGGUGCGCGUGAAGCAGCUGGAGCAGCAGAAGCAGCUGCAGGAUCAGGAGCAGAAGCUGCUGGAGCAGUCGCAGGUGAUCGGAGAGCAGAACGCACGGCUUGCUGAACUCGAGCACAAGCUCCGAGAACUGAUGGGCAGUGCGGUGGCCACCGGAGUUCCUGCCGUCAACUCCGGCUCUUCCGCUCCCGCGGCAACCGCGAGCAACAUCUCUGCUGUGGCCCAGCCACCCUCCGUGGUCAUGGGCCCCGAAGGCGAGAAUGGCCCGUCUGCCAAACGCAAGUCUUCGGACUUCCCGCGUCACUCCAAACGCCUGCGUAGCAAAAAAUAGAGGAACAUGUCUAAUAUAUCAUUUUUUUCAAGUUUUCAUUUUGCUUUAUUCAAGCUAUAUAAUUUUUUUUUCCCUGUCCGAUGAUGACACGAGUAUCACAUGGGGAGGAAAAAUUAAUGGGAAAUUGUAAAUGUUCUAUUUUUGUUGUUUUUAUUAAUUGUUGAUUUCCCUAACAUCAGACAUGUAUUAUUACACUAAUAUGCUUGAGCCCCAUUGCUUGACUUACAUUUCUAAAGGUUUUGCAUCUGCCUUGAGCAACGUUUGCCUUUAAUGUUUACCCAAACUUCAUGCCAGUCAGCUGUUAAUUUACCCAAGGAAACAUGUCAAAGGUCAUUGAAUGUACAAAAGCUUAACUUCUCAGAUUUACAAUCUCAAGUCAAUCAACCACAAAAAUGUUUGCAAGAACUCGGAGCUGUCUCCAUACUAACGGUUCUGAAGACUGCAAUAUGGACAUGUAGCUUCUUUUGAAAUUGUAACUAAUUGUGUACGACAAUGUUUAAAAGUAAGAAUUAUAUUCCCUCUUAAAAUGGAGAACACAAAGUGUCUGAUACCUGACUACUAAGUUAUAUUGUUAUAUAAAUGGUAAAUAUCAGCUUUGUUUUAUGUUCUAAGAGUGAUCUAUUUCAUUGGAGAUGUGCCUCGACAGUGUGAGUAAAUGAAUGCUUUGCAGACGUCUGCAGCUGUAGCAUACAUAAUUAUAUUGUUUGUCUAAAAGAACAUCCGUCACUGAGGAUGGUGUCUUGUAGGUGUUAAUGCCAUGUUGUACCUGCUAUGGUUUGUAGGUGUAUAAUUUACAAAUAGAUCUGUAUCAGUGCAAUAAAAAGUGUGGAAAGCCUUUUUCCUA